AUGGCAGACCGCUCGCGAUCCCGUAAGCGCGACCGGAGUCGGGGGCGGCGCGGAGACCGCAGCCGCAGGCGGGACCGAGACCGCGACAACAAAGACAAAAAAGACCGGGAUCGCGAAAGACGGGGGGACGACAAAGACAAGAAGUCUUCGACGCCAGGAAAUGCCGCUGCCGUGCCCGAGAAUGCUCAGUCAACAGGUGUCCUCACCCAGUCAACCACUGCCGCCACGGCAGGGGCAGCGAGCGCGUUGCCGGUUAAUAAUUCCUCUGACAACAAGGCGGGUGGUGCAGCAGCCGCAUCAGCCACAGGUACGAAGGCUGAUGCUAGCUCAUCUCCCGCAGAUGAGGACCAGCACCUCGCGAACGGGAAGGCGUCUGCGUCCAAAAGCAGCAACGAGGAAGACGCCAAAAAGGACCACGACAAGAAGGACCGGAGUCGGGAACGAAAAGACCGGAAGCGCAGCCGGGAUCGAGACCGCAAGCGCAGUCGCGACCGGGAGCGUGAACGCCGACGCGACAAGGACCGGGAUCGGGAGCGACAGACGAAGAAGCGAAAAACCGAGGACGACGACAAGAAGGACCACAAGCCGACAACGUCGUCCACCCUACCCUCCAGCGUGCGACCCAAAACGAAGAACGAGGAGCUGAUGGCGAAGCUGCGGGCGAAGCAGGCGGCCGCGGCCCAAAAAGAGACCCCGCUCAGCAGUCCGGGUACGCCCCUCGAGGGGGGCGCAGGAGUGGCAAGCAGCGCAGCGGAGCAGGAGGACGACGACCUACUUCAGUUCGUGAACGAGAUGCUGGAGCAAGAAAAAAAGCAGGAACGGGAAACGAAGAUCGUGGAACUGCCCUCCUCCAGCACGGCCGACGCCGCGAAAGUGAUCACGAUGGAGGACAUUUUGGCAGGCGACUUCUCCAAGUACGACGAGCUGUACCUGAACACCACGAAGAAGAAGUCCGAUGAUGUUGAGCCUAAGGUAAAAACUGAUUCAUCAUCGCCUACUAGCCUUAAAACUUCUGGCGCCCAGGAUGGCGUAGUUGUUGUACAAGAACCUCCCAAAGAACUACCUCCUGCUGGCACGACAAGAACAUCUGCGAACAAUGAUGAAACUUCAAAAGCACCAACGGCGGCCGCGCAGCCUUCAUCUGGUGCCACGACAGACGCUGGUGGGGCCGCUCCUAUUCCGGACACGAAUAAGACUGCACCUGGUGCCAGUGCGGAAUCUGGUGAUGUGCCCCAGUCUACUUCCGAACCCCCGGUAGGAAACCCAGCAGCAAAGGAAGCGAAAGCAGAGGGCGAAGUUGCAAACAAGCCCCCUUCAUCAACAGGCGACAGCGCCGUGAGCAAAGACCUCGUCCCACUAAGUCAGAAACUCUCUGAGGCACAGAGAGCAAUCGAAAAAGCCGUCUCCGGGUCCUUUGACGAAAAGGACGUUGCGGUAGCAGGUGCAGGAGCAUCCUCAUCAAGUAAACCCGCUGACGUUUCAGCAGAGGCCGGUAACACUAAAGCCAAAGAAACACCAGAAGCAGUUACCGGUGCGGUGAGCAAGGCUUCCUCGCCACUUGUCGCUGCCACUACGAAACCUCCACCCCCGCCUACACCAAAACCAAUCGUGAUCGACCCAGAAAUCAAGAUUGUAGUCCAAAAAACCGUCGCCGAAGACCGCAAGGAGGAGAAGGAGGCCAAAGACUUUAUGGCCGAGAUGGCGAAGUUUCUGGAGAAGAAAAAUGUGAGCGCAGCGUCGGUGGACCCGAAUUUGCAUACCAUCCAGGAAGGAAAGCGCGGGGCGUACAUCGAACAGGACGAGGAACUCCAGGAGGACGAGGACGAGGUGGCUGCAGCAGUCAAAGAGGCCGAGCGGCAGUACAACGAGGAACAGGAGGAGAAACGCAAACUGAUAGAGCAGCAGAUGCGCAUGCCUCUCGCGUACCAGGAGUCCGCCAUCGUGGGCCCGCUGCCGCCCACGGCGGAGGAGCUGGCCGAGAUGAAGGAGAAAAAGGAGAAAAAGUUCAACCACGGGGGACAGGCGCAAGUGGUGAACCCCAACAAAAUCAACCCCACGGACAUCAUCGGCAAGUCUUACGAAGAGCUGCAGAAAAUCUUCACCGCGCGGAAGGAGCUCCCCCGCGUGGACCACAACAAGAUCGAGUACCUGAAGUUCGAAAAGGACUUGUACCGCCCCGUGGCCGAGGUGGUUGCACUGCAGCCACACGAGAUCGAGAAUCUGCGCAAGGUGCACAACGACAUAAAACUCGCGGGCAAGCCGCCGCACCCAGCCCCGGUGACUACCUUUUACCAGUGCGGCUUUUCCCAGGAGGUACUACAGUUUUUGGAGCGACAAGACAUCGAAAUGCCGUUUCCCAUCCAAAUGCAGGCACUGCCCUGUCUGCUAUCCGGCCGGGACGUCAUCGCCAUCGCCCCUACCGGGAGCGGAAAAACGCUGGCAUACAUGCUCCCGAUGCUCAAGCACAUUCAGGCGCAGCCACCGAUCAAAUUCGGUGUCGAAGGCCCCAUCGGCCUCAUUCUCGCCCCCACAAGAGAACUCGCACACCAGAUCGUGAUUCAGGUACUCAAUUACGUACUGCUUGUUACAUUUUAAGUCCCCAACACCAUUCCAAGGUCUUCUAUAUUCCACGAUUGGGAUUGAUUCCACGGGUUUUACAAUAAGAUGAAGAUGCGUCUAUCUACAACUCGUAACGACCCCCAACACAUGUAAAUACAAAAUCACAACAUCAGGCGAAGAAGGUGUGCGUUCCGGUGAACGUGACCGUGAUAGGUGCGAUCGGUGGUCAGCCGCUCGGCGGGCAACUGUCCGCGUUGCGGCGCGGCUGCGAUUUGAUCAUCGGAACCCCGGGGCGCAUGGUCGACGUAUUUUCGCUGUCCAACGGGAACAUCACGAACUUGAAGCGGGUGUCCUUCGUUGUCAUCGACGAAGCGGAUCGCAUGUUGGAUCAGGGUUUCGGGCCGCAAAUUCAGGACUUUCUGAACAAGACCCAGCCGAAGAAGCAGCUUUGCAUGUUCAGCGCGACCUUUCCGCAGCAAGUGCAGGCGAUUGCGAAGAAGUAUUUGAAGAAGCCGCUGCAAAUCAAGAUCGGCACCGAGGGCGCGGCAGUGGACCGAAUCAAGCAAACGGUGGAAAUCGUGAUGCCGGACAAGAAACUCUUCUCUCUCCUCCGGCUGCUCGGCCAGUGGGCGCAACACGCAUCUAUCAUCGUCUUCGUCCGCGAACGGAAGGACGCCGAGGCGUUGUUCGCCAAACUGUUGGAGUAUCAUUACCCCUGCCUGUUGCUGCACGGCGGUGUCAGCCAGGAAGACCGUGCGUGCGUCAUUAAGGACUUUCGCCUCGGCCAAAAGGAUCUCGACGCCAAGGCAAAUAUCCUGCUGGCGACCGGUGUUGCGGCCCGUGGCCUCGACACCGCUUGCAAAUGCGUCAUCAACUUUACGGUACUAUGUUUUUUCACGCAUUUGAAGAUCUGGUUUUGGAUUUUUUCCUUUUUGCUUUUCGGAUCAGCUGCUUGGUCGUGGUAUGCGAUACCGAUUGCGAAGAUGUGAGCUGCACCUCCAUCCCUUGCUUGUCGCACUGUGCUCGCCCAGUUCAGUCGUGUCUGAGAAUAGUCUCGUGUUAAGAUGAUGACUCCUUGAUGUACAACGAACUACUCAAUAUGAAAUGAAAACCCCACCAGGUCCCCAACACGCGGGAGGAUUACGUGCAGCAGAUAGGGCGCACCGGACGAGCGGGGGCUCGGGGUUGUGCGUACACGUUUCUGGAACCCCGACAGAUGGACAAGGCCCAGAUGCUGAUUGACGUGUUGAAGUCGUCGAAUCAGGUGGUGGACGCCCGGUUGCAGGAGUUGGCGAACUCGUACCAAAUGCAGGUGAACAGCGGCCAGGUAGAACAGGUGAAACAGCACUCCGGGUACGGUGGGCGCGGCUUCAACUUCUCCAAAAAGGAGAAGGGCCAGGAGCAGGCGCGCAUGGCCGAGUACAAAGAGCGGGAGGGCAUUGUCGACGACAACAUCCGGCGGCAGAAGGAGUUCAAGGAAGGAAUCGGCGCGAUACACGACGACGACAAGGAACUCGAGCCGGUGGUGACAGGCCCAGAAACCGCCGCAAGUGGUACCUUUGUCUCCCCUAUGGAGUGUAAAAAUGUCUGGGUCUGGAAGAUUCUGAGAUUUGUCAUGCAUGUUUUGCAUGACCCAGGAGGUCUGUAAUGCACGACCGCGCAUCACAGAUUUUGAGAGGGCUUCCUGAUGCCUACUCCGCAUGACAAACGCCCUCCCCGCGUAGCACAAACUAGACUCCUCUGCUGGUCAUGCAAUACAGAUUUUUCUAGAGUCCAAAGUUAGCAUCACAAGUGCCAAUCUUCCAGACCCAGACACUUUUACACCUGAUAUCCCCCGUGCUCGGCGGGACCGCACAGACAGAAACGACGACACCAGCAGCAGCAUAUCAAAUGUAAAAAUGUCCGGGUCUGGAAGAAUGUAACUUGUGAUGCGCAUUUCAGAACACAGAAAAAUCUCUCAUGCAUAGGCAGCAAAAGCUGCCCAGUUUCUGUCACCAAAAUGGGGGAUUUGUUAUGCGGAUUUGGCAUUGCGGAAGCUUCUCGAAACCUGUGAUGCUAGAGCUUCCAUGCCAGACCUUCUGUGUCAUGCAAAAAUAGCAUGACUCUUCCAGACCCAGACAUUUUUACAUUUGAUACAGCAGGGGCUGAAACCACUCCGGCUGAGCAGUCUUCUGCAGCAGACGGCGAUGAAAUAAACGACGAGGAGGGAACUGCUGGGACGACCAAGGCCAAGAAAAAGCCGUUCAUCAGCAAGAAGGACCUGAUUCCCUCUCCAGUGACUAAUGAGGGGCCGAUGGCUCUGUUCCUGAAAGCGAAGGCCGAAAAGGAAAAGGCGGCGCAGAACAAGGUGAAGCAAGACAAGGCGAAGGAAGCGACCGAGAGAGCGCAGCAGGCCUUGAAAAAAAAGAUGAUCGAAGAGAGGCAGGUCAUCUUCACCGGCGGCAUGGACGCGGACGCGAAAAAAGCCGCGAAAAACCCACCUCCGGUGUCCGUACCGAAGUCCGGCUCGCCCGUCUCCGAGUCAGCAAAAGACGACGCCGCUGCUCCGGCCGGGGGGGUGGAACAAGCCGCAAAGGCGAAGGCACCGCCCCCCGCCCCGAAGGCCGCGACGGUUGUGAAGGAGGAACUCACCGAAGAGGAGAUCAAGGAGUGCGAGGAGGAGGCACAGCAGAAGGCCGAAAAGAUCGUCGCGGUGCUGAAGCUCACAGACGAGGCGAAGAAGGAGAAGAUGCUGAAGGAGAAGUACGACCACGCCCUCAAGAUCGCGCUGGAGGCGAAGAAGAAAAAGAAGCUGAAAUUCAUCGCCCCCGCCGGCCAGAAGCCCAAGGGCCCGCCCCCCAAAGCCAAGCCCACCGCGAUGCAGGCGGGAGGCGCCUUCUUCGUGCCCGCCGGGCAGCAGGAGCUCCAGGGUGCGGUGGCGAGCAAGGCCAAGGUGCCGAUUCUUGCCGGUUGGAACACGCUGGUCGGGGCGGUGCCGGUAGCGGGCACCACCAAAAUGAUCGAGACCUGCAAAGACGGCACGCUACGCAUUGCAAAUGGUUGAAUCCGGGUCUGGAAAAAUGACAAAUAGAAAUUUCUUAUUGCAGACUCCAACUCAUGAAAGUUAAAGUUGUGACACUUUUUGAGAGCAGACGUUGUGAUGUGUAUAGUUGUGCAAGAAGAGACACGUAUUGGCAUUAAUACAUGCAACUGAGUGGCUUCAUGCACAUUGGCAUUUUUCCGCAACAGGAGCAGCACCAUUUGCAUGUGCGAGCUAAAACAAGUCGUCUAAACUAGCCAGUAUGUAGUAUGAGAAGCCUUGCAAGUAGAAUUUUCUCACGAAGACCUGGAUCGACGAUGUUUGCACUCGAUAGCCGCUGAUCCACUACGACUCGUUGGAGAUCAACAUGUACCCCGAAUUUGCGCGGCGCGAGAUCAGUCGGCGCGAGCUGAAGGAGAACAUCGAGGAGAUGACCGGGUGCAAGCUGCUGGUGAAGGGGCGGUAUUUCCCGCCGGACGAGCCCAACCCGGGCAACGAGCGAAGGUUGUACGUGGAAAUUUCCGGGCCGACCACCUCCGCGGUGGCAACCGGGAAAAAAACGGUGCGGGACACCAUGGAGGAGAACGCCAAGCGCACGCUCAACUUGGGCCACCACGCCCACAUGAUUCUGGGCAACAUGGGCCGCCGGUACGAUCCCAGAACCGGCACUUUCACCGACAAAUAAAGAGUGUGAAUACGAUUUCUUUCUUCGGCCACGACAGGAGAACAGCUCUGCGAGUGUUCUUUUUAUUUCUCCCACCAGCGCAAGGAAGUCGAAGUCCUGCUCGGCUACGAGUAAGUACAUGCGUCUGGGUCUGAUGAGGUUCUAUGUUGUACUUUGCUGCCUUUGAUGCAACUCGUCAAGAGUACUGCUACUGGAAGGCAACAAGUAUACGUAGACCGGGAAUGAUCGCGACUAACGACCACGACGACCCGAGGGAGAACUUGAUGUUUCGACCACAUUGAAGAUGAACGAAAACCCCACAGAGCAGAAACGAAAAACGUAGUUCAGUUGGUAUCACUUGUUCCUCUUUUUUCAAAGCUGGGACAGCUUUUCAAACUCUGUACGACCCCGUCUUGCCGUAAGCAGCACCUGAAAUUUUUAUCGGUACUCUUUUGUACUAUCCUGUCGCACAGCCCGCGGAAAAGUCAAUUUGUACCAGCGUGAAAGAAACUUUAUACAAAAUGUACAUGUUGUAGUUAGUAAUAGUAUGCAUCAACUACACAACGAAUGAGAAUUGUGGUUCGCGCAUACUAUGGAUCUCGAAGAAAAGCUGUUUCACGCUUGUGUUCGUAGUUCACGAAUAGUCCAUACUCAGAAUAGAUUACGUACAUGCAGCAGCAACAAACCGCGACAAAAACAGGCACAGCACACUACCUUUUUUUUUCCACCG